GCAAAGAGAGAGCUCUUACCCCUUUGAGGUCAAUCCCCUCCAAUAUAUUCUGGGUGGGAGCUAAAAAAUGCUUUAAAUUUGUGAAAUCUAAAACUCUCUUUUAGCCCAAGGUAAUAAAAAAAAGGUUGAUUGAGGGGCAUGCUAAAAUGGCCAUGACUACGAUUGGUUUAGUCCUCAUCCUUGUGUUGUAUUCAACUUUGGUUAUUACGUGCAAUGCAGCUGUAGUUGGUGGCCUUCUUCCUCAACCUGUAGGCGGCAAUAAUAUUGCUGAUCAGACCAUUUUUAACGUCUUGAAUUUUGGUGCCAAACCUAACUCACCACUUAUAAGUACACAGGCAUUUAUGAGGGCAUGGCGAGCAGCUUGUGAUUUCAAUGGGAGUGCAAGACUUUUUGUACCACCUGGAGUAUAUACACUAGCAGAGACCAUAUUUUCAGGACCAUGCAAAGGAACACAUCCUAUAAUUGUUCAAAUUGCAGGAACCUUAAAAGCAGUGGCUGAUGUUUCUGAAUAUUCAAACUUUGCUUGGAUUUCAUUUGAUUCAAUUAAUGGCAUUAUUAUCACUGGUGGAGGCACUUUAGAUGCUCAAGGUCAAGCUCUUUGGCAGUUUAAUGACUGUAAAACCAAUCCUAAUUGUGUCCACCUCCCUGCUACCUUAUUCUUCAAUGGUGUAGAGAACGGAAAAGUAAUGAGGCUGAAUUUGAUAAAUAGCAUGGGAUUUCAUAUACAUAUUACUAAUAGCUAUUUAGUAAGGUUCCAUGCCCUUACCAUUGAUGCUCCAGAAAACAGCCCAAAUACUGAUGGCAUACACAUAAGCAAAUCUAACACUAUAAAACUCUCCAGAAGUGUAAUUAGAACAGGGGAUGAUUGUGUCUCAUUUGGACAAGGAGCAAAUAAUGUGACCGUUAACAAAGUCACCUGUGGCCCUGGCCAUGGCAUUAGUGUCGGUAGUAUUGGUAAGUUGCCUGGCGAAUUGGAAAUUAAAGGACUCAUCGUGAAAAAUUGCACGUUGAGGGGCACAACAAAUGGUAUCAGAAUCAAAACUUUUGCAGGAGAGAAUCCUAACAGAGCAAUAGGGAUGAUGUUCAGCGAUAUUGUGAUGGAAAACGUUAAAAAUCCGAUCAUCAUAGACCAGAGUUAUGGUGACAAAUCAACCGAGCCAUCACAAGUAAGAAUAAGUGAUGUAAUUUACCAGAACAUAAGGGGAACAACAACAAGUGAAGUAGCAGUGCAAUUGAUGUGCAGUGCACGACUCCCUUGCCUAAAUGUUCGACUUACCAACAUAAAUUUGAAGCAUAUAGCAAAUACGCCAAUUACUUCUCAAUGUCAAAAUGCAAAUGUUGGCUAUACUGGCAUCCAAUUACCACCUCCUUGCCAUGGACCCUCUUCAUAGUAUUUCUCCUUUUUGGAGUAAAAGAAACAAAGGAGAAAAUGCAAAUGUCUAAUCUCAAUUCCACCGUACGUCCAAAAGAAAGAACAACUGUGAUCAAAGAGAAAAGGAAAAAGAAAUGGUGUCAUACAUAUAAAAAAAAUUAUACCCUGGCACAAGCACGACUUACAGUUUAGUGGUAUCGAUAGAAGUUUUUUACAUAGCAAAAGUGAGUUCAAUUCUCACUGUUCUUUUUCUCUCUUUCUCGUGCUGAUAGAAUUAAAUCUUCUGCACUAUAAGUGUAAGUUUAAUUCUCGUUAUUCUCGAUCCCUCUCCCCCUUUCCUAUACCCAAAUGUACUAGAACUAAAAAAAAAAAAAAAAAAAAUUACCCUCACAUCUUCUAUGUACCCCUCCUCACAAAGGAAAAAAUAGAUUUUUUUUAUAAAUUUCUUUUUUAAGUUUGUAACGUAUUUUAGUAGUAGGAGUAGGCUUUAGCUGACCUUAAUGAAUUUGUGCUAACGAA